GAUUUGUUUUUCUUAUAUUUGUAAAAAAUAUCUUCGAACUUUUUAUAACACACAUUCGUACAUGCGCUUACUCAGUUCUUGAUUCACAAAUUAGACAUGGAAUUCCAUCUCUCGUUUUCAACCAUUGUAGCAACCAGCUUUUCUGUUAUUGUAGCACUUUUCCUUCUCCAUAGCCUCAACAGGAAGAAGGCAAAUAGAGGGAAGAACCAAAAACCACCACAAGCACAAGGUGCAUGGCCUAUCAUCGGACACCUGCACCUUUUACGUGGUUCUCAGCUACCUCACUACGUUUUAGGUGACAUGGCAGACAAAUAUGGCCCUAUCUUCACAAUCAAGCUUGGUUAUCACCAAGCUUUGGUGGUGAGUAAUGGGUCGAUAGCUAAAGAGUGCUUUACUACAAACGAUAAGGCCUUUGCAACUCGACCCAAAGCUGAGGCAACAAAACUCAUGGGCUAUAAUUAUGCUAUGUUCGGCUUUGCUACAUAUGGAGACUAUUGGCGACAAGCACGCAAGAUGAUCACGCUGGAGGUUCUUUCCCAGCGACGAGUUGAAACGUUUGCACAUAUUCGAGCUUCAGAGGUUAGAGUAUCCAUCAAAGAUAUAUAUGAUCGUUGGGUUUUAAAUAAAAUGAGCGAAAAUUCAGAGAUGAUGAAGAUCGAGAUGAGUCAAUGGUUUGGUAACUUGGUUGUGAAUAUUAUGGUUAGGAUUAUUAGGGGGAAGACGUUUUCGCCACAUGAUGAUCAGGAACGGGUUCGAUUUCAGACUGUAGUAAAGAAAUUCAUUGAGUUAAUGGGAGCAUUUGUGGUUUCAGAUUUUAUCCCUUAUCUCAAGUGUUUUGAUAUGGGUGGAUACAUUAAAGAAAUGAAGAAGAUGGCGAUAGAUCUGGACAACAUCUUUGGCGGAUGGUUACAAGAACAUAAAACAAUAAAGAGCUUUACCCAGCAACAUGAAAGCAACCAAUUAGGCUUUAUAGAUGUGCUGAUUUCCAUUCUUCAAGGUGUUUCCAAAGAGGAAUUCCGGGAUUUUGACGAUGAUACGAUCAUUAAAUCCGCAUGUAAACAACUCCUGAUAGCAGGCUUGGACACUACAUCUGGGACGUUAACCUGGGCUUUGUCAUUAUUGCUAAACCACCCAAAAACAUUAGAGAUUGCGCAAAAUGAAAUUGAUGAGCAUGUUGGAAGGGAGCGACUGGUGGAGGAGUCAGACUUGAAGAACUUAGUGUAUCUUAAUGCAAUCAUCAAAGAAACAUUGCGUUUGUACACAGCUGCUCCUCUCUCUAUUCCUCAUGAGUCCAUUGAGGAUUGCAUUGUGGGUGGCUACAACAUUCCAAAAGGCACUCGUCUGGUGGUAAAUGUUUAUAAGAUGCAUCGUGAUCCAAAUAUUUGGUCAGAUCCCCUCGAGUUUAGGCCGGAGAGAUUCUUGACAAGGCAUAAGGAUAUUGAUUUCAGGGGAAAACAUUAUGAGUUACUACCUUUUGGUAGUGGUAGAAGAAUGUGCCCUGGUAUUCCCUUCGCUCUUCAGGCUGUUGGUUUAACACUAGCUAGUUUCAUUCAACAAUUUGUGCUGAAAAAUCCAUCUAAUGAACCUAUUGAUAUGAGUGAAACUUCGGGACUGACUAUCAGCAAGUCUACUCCACUUGAGGUCCUUUUGGCCCCUCGUUUGGCCUCGAAUAUGUAUUAGGUUGGUUCAUGCAUAUCGACUCCAACCGUUUCUUAGAGUGGCAAGAAAGUAAUAAUGUAAUACAAUUAAACUUCAAUAAAGCAAGAUCGUAACGAAUAAAUAAAUAUAUAAUACAAUUUGUGUUGCGUCUA